AGACAGAGAGAGAGAGAGAGGUACCCAAUUCUCAUUGGGUUUUGUUUGUGUUUCGAGUUUUCAAGGACAGCGAUGGUAGAACAUGUUGUGAGGAUAACAAGUCGCUGGGUUAGGUUUACUUACUGAAAAUCUGUCUGACUUUGAAUCUGCGAGUCUUUGAGCUUUUGCUAAUCCUAACAAGAAAAAAAAGAUAUAAUAAUAAAAAAUUUAUUUCCGGGUCUUGCAUUUUUGAGGAGGUUGCAAAUUUUUUAACAGGGAAAAUAAUAAUUUCUGGGUGUCUUUACUUGGGGCUAUUAAAGUAACCACACCUCUUAUUUGAUGGUGAAGAGUGGAAUUUUAGAGGUAAAAGAUUCACAUUCAAGCUCGGAUAAGUAAAAGAAUUUUUUCGGGUGAGUGAGAAAAAGAUGGGAAUCGAUGACGAAAUGAUUCUUUGCGUCUUUCUUCUGAGAUUUUUCAUUCAAAAUUCGUUCUUUCUUUUAAUCUGAUAUGCGCGCCAGUCUCAAGCACAUCGAAGCUUCUCUGAUGGGUUGAAGCCCUUUGAGGGCUCAACUUGAAGGCUCCCGGGAUGCUGAAAAGCCAUUAGCUAAUUUUGCACCUUGAACAUAUACAUUUCAAGGCAUAUAGCUUAAAGCUCCCUCUUUCUCUCUCUCCUCUCUCCCUGGGUUCUGAGAUUUGUGGCUUAGCGCACAAAAGAAUGGAGAAAAGAAGAAGAUACAGAUACACCCUCUACGUUUGCAACAACAAACUCGUUACUCUUCUUUUGCUGUUGGUUUCAUUCUGCUUUCACUACACCACUGGGUACUGCCAAGAGAGAACCACAAAGCACAUCUCCUCCGAGCCUUCGCCGCCCAAAUACCAAAACGGACUCAGAAGAAUUCUUGUCAGCGUUACACUAGGAGCAGUAACCGGUUUGGUUGGUGCUUUCGUCUUCGCUCUCAUAGUCCGCAGCUUCGUCCGGUACCUCAACCGAACCCCACUUCUCAAAGGCCCCGUCAUAUUCUCUCCCAAAAUCGACCCCAAGACGCUCCAAGCUGCUCUCGCCAAUGAGAACCACUUGCUGGGGUCAAGCCCCAACGGUAAAUACUACCGGACCGUGCUCGACAACGGGCUUAUAAUCGCCGUCAAGAGGCUCGAACCGUUUGAGGGCGGUUCACCGGAGAGGUCGGUGAAGAGAAAGAUACAGCAGGAGCUGGAAAUGCUUGCCGGUUUGAGACACAGAAAUUUGAUGAGCCUAAGGGCUUAUGUUCGCGGGGCUGGCGGUGGAUUCUCUUUGGUCUAUGAUUAUGUCCCGGGCGGGAGUCUUGAGGAUGCUAUGCAUAGAGUUAGAGAUAAUCAGUUGCAGCUUGGAUGGGAGGUGCGCCUUAGGAUUGCGGUUGGGGUUGUGAAGGGGCUUCAGUAUCUUCAUUUUGAGUGUGAUCCUCAGGUUCUUCACUAUAACUUGAAAUCUACCAAUGUGAUGUUGGACGCCGAGUUUCAACCCAGGUUGGGAGAUUGUGGGUUGGCUAAGCUCAUACCCCACUUGGAUAGAGCAACAUCUGGCUACAAUGCCCCAGAGUCUGUCCGAGAUUGCAGGUAUACUGAUAAGAGCGAUGUUUUCAGUUUUGGGAUGAUAUUGGGUGUUCUGUUAACUGGUAGAGACCCUACUGAUCCAUUAUUUAGAGAACCGGUUGGCAGGGGGAGUUUGGGACAGUGGCUCCGGCAUUUGCAGCAAGCAGGGGAGGCACGAGAAGCACUAGACAGGAGUAUUCUUGGGGAAGAAGGGGAGGAGGAUGAGAUGCUGAUGGCAGUGAGAAUAGCUGUUGUUUGCCUAUCUGAUUGUCCUGCAGACAGGCCUUCCAGUGAUGAGCUUGUUCACAUGCUAACCCAACUGCACAGUUUUUGAAGGAAAUUAUGCCUACGGAGCAUGAAAAGUCUGAGAAAAGGCAUGUGGUGGGGAUGCUGACUGACUGCUAAGGGUACUCAGAGAGGUCAUGCACCUGGGGCCAAAAAGUGUUGCAUGCUCCUAAAGAUUUUAUUUAAAAAAGCGUGGGGAGCAAAAUCAACUGUUAGUUAUCCCCUUACAGCUGUCAAUGUGAUUGCUCACCUCUCCACAAAUGCCACGCAUAGGCCUCGCACUCGUAAUUUUCUGG